CAGUUCUUUGUUUCUGGGAUCAGAUGUGAUGUUGGCACAGAUGAAUUGUCUGCCAGCAACCAUGUCUAGGCUUGUAUAUGAAGACUGCCACUUGGGAGAGAUACUGGGUUAUGAGGAGCAUCUAUAGUCCGUGGGAAAAAACAAACCAGGAAAACUGGGCAGUGCAAUACACGAAAAGGGGAAAUGAAUUCUGAACAAGAAAUAUCACAUUACCUUGAAAUUUUACUUUUGAGCAUAAAAUAUAAUAGGAGAUUUAGCAUAAUGAUUAUUAUUUCACUGCUGAAGAAUAUUCCACAAGCUUCAUCAGGAAAUCAUAUGUUAAAUUUAAUUACAUAGUUAGAAAUGAUGCAAAUCACUCCGUUUACUUCCGUGUUCCUCUCCAGCAGCACAAAGAAAUAUUCUCACCGUGAAAUGUUUAUUGUUAGAUCCUGCUUGAAAAUAUCAAAAUCGUUCCUACACUGAAGGCUCCAACGUUGUCUGGGGACAAACGUCCGACAUUUUAUUUUAUUCUUUUUAUCUAAAGACAGUUUAUCGCAGCAAUUCAACACUGUCGGGUUUAUCCACUCUGUGGUUUGGUUGCGUGUUGCCAGAAGAAUGGUUAAUCUCAGAUGGAGUGUAAUUGUUGUCUUUGAUGGAUUCUCAUGUUUAAUGAUGACUUGGUCGCCUGUGAGUCAGUGGCCGAGGAUGUGAUGGGCUAUAAAAGGGUUGGGGAUCAGCAGAGCCAGGCAGAGACUCCUUAGUCGAGGUGCAUUGAGAAGAUCUCGACCAGACUCCACUUCGGUCCAUUACCAAGAGUCAGCAUGCAGUUUCUGUGGAUGGCAAGCCUCCUGUCUGUGCUGCUCUUGGCAUCAAGUGUAACGGCAGCACCCCUGGAAGACAGGCUGAGUCUUCGGUUGAAUCGGGGUCUGAACAAGGAGAGGAACGAGGUUAUCGCGAAGCUCGUAUCCGGACUGCUAGACUCCGGCAGCAAUCAGAUGGGGAGUGAGAGCACCUUCCCGAACCCCGAGGACAUGGAGGAGGUGAAACUGGAGCAGAGGUCCGACGUCACUAAGGCGCCCGUGAGGAACUGCCUCAAUUUCUUUUGGAAGACCUUUACCUACUGCUGACGCCGCCGGCGCCGCAUUAAAACUCCCCUCAAUGGAAUUGAUUUAGCGCUUUAGGUUUUAUUCGCCUGUGGGGUAAAAACAAUAAUUUUUAUUUUGCACAAAAAAGCAUGAUUGUGUAAUUUUCAAAUGAUGCCUCAGUAUUCAUCUAGUUUGAGAAAUAAAGUGAAUCCAAGCUAAUGAAACUAGUCCCAGUUUGUUUUCUUCAUUGUUUUAUGAUUUUACCUUUCAAAUGUGAAUAUGAAGUUUGGGAGGAGGGAGCGGGGAUAGAGGUUCGAGGAUAGUGUGUG